AGAAAGAUCGCGCCGUUCCCAGCGGAAGGAGCCUCCGGUCUCCGGCCGCAGAGGAAUCUCGUCCUCUCCGCGAGCUUCUCCCGCUGCUGCUCUCGCGAGCGUGUCGUCGUGCUCUCUCCGAGUUGCGCCGCAUCUUCCCGUCGCCGGCAUCUCUUCUCCUCCGCUCUCCGCUGUUGUGGUGUGUCGUGCUCUCCGAAAACUUCGGCGCCGGACCCUCGAUCGCUCCCCCCCUCCUCGUUAUUUGUCGUGUCCUCGUCCCCCGCUCUACUUCCUACGCCCGGCGCGUUUCCCCGCUGCUCUUUGGAUUAUCGGGAGCCUGGUCCGUCGGUCGGCGCUGCUUUUGACUCCGUGUCUCGUCUCCUCGAACUCAACCGCUGGAUGGAGCUGUGUCGGAGGAGGAGGUGCCGCCGCUCCUGAGUUAUGGAGCCUUGUCCCAGCCCACACCCUUUUAUGAGUCCGUGCCCUGCUGAGUCCUCGGAGUGCUUGGUAUCCGUCUUCUGAAGAGGGCAAGGGACACGCGGCCGUCUUCUGAGCGGCGUCGUUGAUGGAGCCGGACAUGAGGCACCCUCCGCGAUGGAGGAACUCCUUAAGAAAGCUACCGAGGUCUUUGUUCUUCGCCCGGAUCCUGGCUUUCUUCUUCCUCCUACAAGUUUCGUCAUGUCAAAGCACGCAUGCGAGUCCGCGCCCACAGCAGCGGUUCGCCAUCGAGCCCACAGACCGGUCAGCCAUCCUGGGUGACACUAUUGUCCUGGCGUGUCGGGUGAUCAACAAAGCCGGCACGCUACAGUGGACCAAGGAUGGCUUCGGCCUGGGCAGUGAUCGCGACCUCUCGGGUUUUCCAAGGUACUCUAUGGUUGGAAGCGACGACGAAGGUGACUUCUCGCUUCAGAUCGGUAGCGUAAGCCUGGAAGACGAUGCCACAUUUCAGUGCCAAGUGGGCGCCGUUGACGGCGUCAAAGGAAUCAGGUCAAGGAGUGCACCGCUGACUGUAUUCGUUCCACCGGAGCCUCCAAAGAUAGUGCAAGGAGAGUUCCUGAAGACGACGGCCGGCAUGACCGUCGAACUCACGUGCGAGUCGCACGCUGGAAAGCCACCGGCCGAGUUGACAUGGCUGGACGGCAGCGGCAACGUGGUGAGCAGCGGCGUGGAGUACAAGACGGAGCUGCUCUCGGACGGCAAGAGGGCUAACGCUGCUCUCACCUGGACCCUGAGCCCGAGUCGCGAGCACGACGGCAAGACCUUCGUCUGCCGCUCCGAAAACAAGGCACUCAAGCAGCCGAUGCUCGCCACCAUCCGCAUGGAAGUAAAAUACCCCCCGGACAUCACGCUGACCGUGGAGUCUGACAAAAUAUCCGAGUUCGAUGACGUACGGUUUCACUGCCAAGCCGUCGCCAACCCUUCGGACAUCGUGUACAAGUGGUACAGAAACGACGAGAUCAUCGCAGGAGACCACACGACGGAACUGGUGCUGCCGCGGGUUACGCGAAACUUCAACGGAGACACGAUCACCUGCGAGGCCCGGAAUGAUGUCGGCACGACCAAGUCAACCCACACGCUCAACAUUCACUAUCGGCCGGCGUUCAAGAAGCCCGAGGAGACGGUUGCGGCCGAGGAAGGCACCGAGGUGACGCUGCACUGCGAGGUGGACUCCAACCCGAAGCCGGACAUCGUCUGGCACCACGAGGGCUCCGAGCGCGUGCUGGGCAAACAGGCCACGCUCGUCAUCCCGGCCAUGCGCUCGCACGACGCCGGACGCUACUCGUGCCGGGCCACGGUGCCGGGCUUCCCUGAGAUCACCCAGGACGUGCACGUCUACGUCAAAGGUCCUCCGAAGGUCAAGAGCCCGACGACCCAGUACGGCGUGGAAGGCGAGGAGGUCCGGGUUGAGUGCGUCAUCACAUCUGUGCCGCCACCGACCCGUGUGGCCUGGUCUAGAAACACCCAGCUUGUAGACAUUGACAACAACCAGGGAUACGAGAUCAUCAAAGAGCCACUCUCAAAUGGGCUUCGCAACUUAUUGAUCAUUCAUAAUGCUGAAGAGGACGACUUUGGACAGUACAACUGUUCAGUUUGGAAUCCGUUUGGUUACGAUACCCGACUCAUUACAGUCCGCAAACAAAAAAAUCUGCCUAUGCUGAUCAUCCUGGCCGGGGUCAUCGGAGGUAUUGUGCUUGUUGUUACCGUGACCAUCUCUAUUAUCCUCUGCUUGCGAAAGAAGAACAUCGUUAAAGAUGACGACUUCAACUCGGAAAAGAAGGGAAAGCAGUCGGACUCUGCCUCAUCGGGAGACUCUGACAUCAAGGUAGAGAUCCGGACGGCAUCAUCUUUGUCCAACAAUGAGCAAGACCGCAAUUGGGAGGACAAUAGUGAAUCAGCACGAGCGCACGAGGCUCAAGAUAUCUACAAGUAUGCGAACAACACCGGCGACUACACAGACACUGCAUUUCCUCCAAAAGCCGAAUCGCAGAAUAACAAUGGCUACAUCCCAUAUGUGGACUACGCCAGGGACUACAACCCACCAGCGCCGUCGUUGCAACUCAAUGCGAGCAGGGACAGUGGCCUGUAUGGGAGCUCUCCACAGUCGCUCAAUGACCUGGGACAGGGUAUUGACCCCAGGUUCCGGGCAGGCUAUGCCAACCCCUACCUCCGGACGUCCCAGUCCACCCUCCCACCACCUCAAGGGGUCUACGUGAGCCCCAGGGCUGCAGUAGCUGCUGUACCAGCCGUCAACUCUGUGUUGCCGGGAGCAUCUUCGGCCACACUGCCCCAGAACAGGUAUAUCACAUCACAGCAAAGUCACCUCAAGCCAGGAACGCUAGCCACCCAUGUAUGAUGGCGGGAGACGCCAAUGUAAAUAGGACUUUGGAAGGCUGUUCCAACAAAUGGAAGCAGUGAAGUCUCCCAUCCAGACAAGCUGCACACAGGGUGACAAAGCAUAUUUGCCGUCGAAGUCGGCAAUGAACAGUGGUGCAAGCCCCGAUGGUGUUGUAGGCUGUGACUGUGGUCGUCUUGCCUUCGGGCGGCGUUUUAAGUCAGGAACCAAAGAGUUUUUUCGGUUGAUAGUAUGUAACUAUAUGUGUGUAUGUUUGUGUAUGCAUGUGUAAGUGUGUGAAUUUUUUGCUUAAUGUAGGAGGGUGAGACAUGUUAUUUAUUGAUGAGAGCUACAUAAUUUCUUGUUUGUAACUGACAUUUCCUUGAGUUGCUCUUUCUACUGAUGUAUGGAAUAAUUGGAUCAUGCUUUACAGAAAAGUAUCCCUCAACCCUCAAUUCAUUUUGUGCAUUGUAAUUUAUCAGUUAAAUUUUCUUGUUCUACUGACCCGUAUUCUUUUAGAUCUUUAAACGUAAAUGUUUAAGACAUAGACCUUUUGCUUGCAUUUUUCCCACUUGAAGUCACUAGAGGCCAUGGUUUUUUAGCAUAAAAGAGAAUUAACAUGUUCAUCCAGUAGUGUUGCUCACUCAACACGCAAUAAGAUACAUUGCACACAAGUGAUUUGUGCCAUAUAGGAGGGGAAUCCUAGUGCAAUACAUGUUGAAAGCCAGCUAUAGUGCAAUGUGUCAGCUGGUAUCUCCAAAUUUAUGAUGUAGUGUUUUUCUUUUAGUUGUCACCCAGCACCAUUGCACACAUACGCUUACAUGGUCGUUUAAAAUUCUACAAGCAGUUUUAAGGUGUAUAGCAAUAAAUGGAAACAUCCUCCAGUGCAGUGCUGAACUCAAAAUAUGUAUUCUGUAAAUUGUUCCUGGACUUGAAAUAUUUUGCCUUAUUUGGUAACUGUAACCAUGCCUGCUGAUGUGAACAUCUGAAUUCACUAAAUUGAUAAAUAUGCUGGCCUCUGCUGCAGGAAAUCAGCUAAAGGCAAGUUUGUGUCAAUAAUGUAAAUGCUCAGUUUCUUCAAAUACAACAAGUGGCCUUCUAGACAAGAUGCGGGCAUAUUGUGCCAAUCGCAACCGCUUGUCAUUUUACAGUGUAUAAAGUAUCAAUGAUGAGCACCAGAGGCAACUGAUAAAUUGUGUUCUGCAGUUUUGUGUGUGUAUGUAUGCUCGUGUGUCUGCCUAUUCAUUGCGAGGUCUUGUCUUCUAUGCAAGCAUUGUCCCCCUUGAAACACUUCAACUUCAGCUUGCAGACUUUGAAUUCUACUUGCAUAGCAUUGUGAUUCAUCAUGCUUUGGAGGAAGUCGACGUAUGUGCAACUUGUUUUCGGCAACAACACGGAUCAACUAGUGUCUGUGCUCAGUGAUUGUGAACAGUGCUUCUGGGGAAGAUCACCUUUGGUGCUAAGCAGCCCCACUCAGCAACCUCGGCCAUCAAAUUUCAUUUUCACUUCGUUUGUGCUGUUGUGUUUGUGCUGAUGUGCAUGUUGCUGUGUGCUUACUUUUUAUAUUUUUGCCGCUUGGACAGACAUUUUAGCAGUGGCUACUUCACUGUACAUAAAGCACUUUCCAGCGUAAAGACAAAUCGUGCUAUAUAUAAACUUUGUGUCAUAUAAAUUUUCUAUUCUUGUUUUAGUUUCGCAUCUGUACAGGAUCAGCAGAGAAGAAUUGCUCACUCUAUGAAACCAAACAUUGUGUGUAUUGAUAAAAUAUGCUGGUUUAAAUAGA